UGUGUCCCGUGUCCUCUUAAAUACCCGAAACAGGAAAGUGUGUUUGUGUGUGCACGAUUUUGUUGCUUGAGUAGGUGGUGCAAAAACAGUCAGUGUCUUGAGUUCUGCUGUAGUUCAAAGUACAAAAGGAGAUCUUGAUUUGGGAGUAUUCAUGCCACCACUUCCUUGUUCGUAAAUCAGAGCAGCAUUUCCUCCUUCCCAGUCCUUACAGUGCAAGAAAGUAUAGGAAAGGAGGCAAUUUCAUCAACAGAGGCUUACAAGUCACGGGUCAACUCAGAUAAGAACUAAAACGGUUGAGACAACCCUUUCCCAGGAAUCAGUCGAACUCUUCGUGACGACUGUUCUGCUCAGAAAAACAGGAGUAAACGGAGCAACAGUAAAAAACAGAGGAAGCCUGUGGAUUACACAGUAACUGGACAAUGUCGCUCAGCAGCAGGGUUGUCCACAAAAGGAGGGAGACCAUCACUGCUCUGCCUCUCUACUUUCAAGGGCGCAUGCAGAAGAAACGCUCCAAAGAUAAGGAUUUCAAGCCCUACUAUGUGGAGCUCAGAGGAGAUUCUCUGUUUCUGUACACAGAUGACACACAGGAAUCAUACACUGAAAAGAUGGACCUGUCACAGCUGAAAACCAUGCAGUUGGAGUCUUCCUACAAAAAGAAGGAGGAGACUGUCUUUAUCCUCUCUCUGCCCAAAGAGGAGGUGCAGCUAAAGAUGGAGAAUGCCGACACUGGGGAGGAGUGGAGGGGCUACAUCUUGACCAUGGCCAAAAAAGAGCUUCCCAACAAGCUGGAACUGAUGCCGGGUCAGAGAGUAAAACUGGAGGAUGCUCUGAAACAAGAGAAAAAAAGAGUUUCACACCAUUCUCGUCCAGCCCUCCCACCCCGACCAUCUUUCCUGCAGUCUGAGUCCAUGACCGAUUCUCCUAAAAGCACAAAACCGGGAAUGCCAGAAUGCUUCUAUGAUGUGACUCGAAAGGAGGCUGAGCAGAUGCUGGAGGAGAACCCACAAAACGGAGGCAUCAUCCUCCGCCCAUCAACCCUGCCCAACAACUAUGCCCUGACCCUCAGACAGCGGACGGCCAGUGGGUAUGUCAAAAAGAACUACAGGGUGACCUCCACAAACUCCGGGUUCGUCAUUGAGCUGGACACACCAGUAUCUGUAUCCUCGUUGAAUGAAGUAAUCGAAUACUUCAUGGAAAAGACCGAUUACCGUGUUCAUCCAUACACUGCCUCCCAGGCCUACGACACCCGCAUCGAGGUGAUGCCGACCCCCCCACACCCAUCUAAAGCCAUACCCAAAGCACAGGUGGCCCCGAUGCUGCGGUCGCAGAGCAACGGGGAGCUGGAUCCUCAUUCAGAAGAGUCCCCGUCUGGUGAAUACAUUUAUCCAGACGAUCACAGGCCUCCCAAACCAAGGCUCGAUCUGGGAGGACGAUGAAUUUAAGGAGGCAAUAAGGAAGCGAAGAGAAAACCUGUACAGCUCAUGUGACGAUGGAAACAUUGGGAUCAAAAGUCAACAUGCAGAAAAACGCCUCAGUGGGACGGCAGGGUGGUCUUCUAGCAGCUCAAAAGCCUGAACCGUGACCUUCACAGCCCUGGAAGGUGUGGAGAGCAACCAUAAAAAGUAAUCAUUCACGUCUGAACAGGAAGAAAGGGGAAGACGGAAAUGUAAAAA